AUGGGAGGUGAAAAGUUAAGUAGUUGGGUUGUUCUCUUGUUCUUUAACUUGCUGUUAGUGUGUUCAGUGAGUGGAAUUGGUGUUAACUGGGGUACACAGUGUACACACCCUUUGUCACCGUCUACAGUGGUGAAAAUGCUGAAAGACAAUGGGAUUCAGAAGGUUAAGCUUUUUGACGCUGAUUCAAGUAUCUUAGAUGCUCUCAAGAAGUCUGGUUUGCAGGUUAUGGUGGGUAUUCCGAAUGACAUGCUUUAUACGCUGGCUAACAGUGUGCAAGCAGCUGAAAAAUGGGUUUCCAAGAAUGUUUCAGCUCAUGUCUCUUCUGGUGGAGUAGACAUCAGAAGAGAUGCAAACUUGGAAAUUCCAGAUAGCUUGGGUUGUUGA